GGAGGACAGACACAACACCCCCUGCACCACCAAAGAAAUAAGGCUUCGGUCAGUUACAUAGUUUUUCAUAAUUGGAUAGUCCGGGUUUUACUGUAGCUAAAUUUAAAAACUGGUGUACGACCACUUAUUUGCUAAGGAUAGGUGCACUUGACAACGUACUUCACCUCCUCAGCUACUGUCACGGAUUCUAACCAGGCAACAGCUGCGCUCGGUGUGUGUGUGAGUGUGUGUGAAUGUGUAUGGGUGUGUAGGGGGAGUAUCUGCAGCCAUGAGUAACCCUUUCGCACACCUCGUGGAGCCCCUGGACCCCCAGAAGCCAGAGCACAAGUUCUUCAACCUCACCAAGCUCGGAGACCCCAGAUAUGCACGUCUGCCGUUCUCCAUCCGUGUGCUGCUGGAGUCCGCGGUGCGUAACUGCGAUGGGUUCCUGGUGAAGGGCUCUGAUGUGGAGAGCAUCCUGAACUGGCAUCACACACAGACCCAGAGUGUGGAGGUUCCCUUCAAGCCCGCUCGGGUCAUUCUGCAGGACUUCACGGGGGUACCUGCUGUGGUGGACUUCGCUGCCAUGCGUGAUGCGGUGAAGAAGCUGGGCGGCGACCCAGAGCAAAUUAACCCCAUCUGUCCUGCCGACCUCGUCAUUGACCAUUCCAUCCAGGUGGACUUCAACAGGAAGUCUGAUAGUCUGCAGAAGAACCAGGACCUGGAGUUUGAUAGAAAUCGAGAGAGAUUCCAGUUUUUGAAGUGGGGUUCUAAGGCAUUCCGGAACAUGCGCAUCAUUCCCCCGGGCUCAGGCAUCGUGCACCAGGUGAAUCUGGAGUACCUGGCGCGGGUGGUGUUCCAGCAGGACGGCCUCUACUACCCCGACAGCCUGGUGGGCACAGACUCUCACACCACCAUGAUCGACGGGCUGGGCGUGCUGGGAUGGGGAGUGGGCGGGAUCGAGGCGGAGGCUGUCAUGCUGGGUCAGCCAAUCAGCAUGGUGCUCCCAGAGGUCAUAGGUUACAGACUGGAGGGAACCCCUAACACUUUUAUCACCUCCACUGACAUCGUCCUCACCAUCACCAAGCACCUGCGUCAGGUGGGAGUCGUGGGUAAGUUUGUGGAGUUCUUCGGCCCAGGCGUUGCCCAGCUGUCCAUCGCUGACCGUGCCACCAUCGCCAACAUGUGCCCAGAGUACGGCGCCACCGCCGCAUUCUUCCCCGUUGACCACGUCAGCAUGCAGUACCUCGAGCAGACAGGGAGAGACCCUGAGAAGCUGAGUUUUAUCACUGACUAUCUGAAGGCAGUGGGGAUGUUCAGAGACUACAGUAACGAGUCCCAGGACCCUGAGUUUACCCAGGUGGUGGGGAUGGAUCUGAGUUCAGUGGUGCCCUGCUGUAGUGGCCCUAAGAGGCCCCAGGACCGCGUGGCCGUCUCCGACAUGAAGUCUGACUUUGAGGCCUGUCUGGGGGCCAAGCAAGGCUUUAAGGGCUUCCAGGUGGCUCCUGAGCGCCAUUUGGACUCUGUGCCGUUCCAGUAUAACGGAGCUGACUACUCGCUCUCUCACGGAUCCGUCGUCAUCGCCGCUAUCACCAGCUGCACCAACACCAGCAACCCCUCUGUCAUGCUUGGAGCUGGUCUGCUGGCGAAGAAGGCCAUAGAGUGUGGUUUGAGUGUGAAGCCCUACAUCAAGACCAGCCUGUCGCCAGGCAGCGGGGUCGUCACCUACUACCUGAAGGAGAGCGGCGUCAUGGACUACCUGUUCCAGCUCGGGUUUGAGGUGGUAGGCUAUGGCUGCAUGACCUGCAUUGGCAACAGUGGGCCCUUACCUGAUCCUGUAGUCGAGGCCCUCACUAAGGGGGACCUGGUGGCUUCUGGCAUCCUCUCAGGCAACCGUAACUUUGAGGGCCGCGUGCACCCCAACACUCGUGCCAACUACCUGGCAUCACCGCCACUUGUCAUCGCCUAUGCCAUCGCCGGCACGGUCCGGAUCGACUUCGAGAAGGAACCUGUCGGGCUGAACCGCGAUGGGAAGGAAGUGUUUCUGAGGGACAUCUGGCCGACGCGGGAGGAGAUCCAGAGUGUGGAGAGGAAGUUUGUCAUCCCAGCCAUGUUCAAGGAGGUCUACGAGAAGAUCGAGAAUGUGAAUGAGCGCUGGAACGACCUCGUUGCCCCCUCUGAUAAACUCUACACCUGGGACCCCAAGUCCACCUACAUUAAGUCUCCGCCCUUCUUUGAUGGACUGACGCGGGAGUUGAAAACGCCUCAGUCCAUCACAGACGCCUACGUUCUGCUCAACUUCGGAGACUCAGUGACCACUGACCACAUCUCGCCCGCGGGCAACAUCGCUCGCAACAGCCCCGCAGCUCGCCACCUGACCGACAGAGGGCUGACUCCUCGUGAGUUUAACUCCUAUGGCUCUCGGCGUGGGAAUGACGCGGUCAUGGCUCGUGGAACCUUUGCCAACAUCCGCCUUCUUAACAAGUUCCUGGGCAAGCAGGCCCCCAAGACCGUCUACCUGCCCACAGAAGAGACGAUGGACAUUUAUGACGCAGCCGAGCGCUACCAGCAGGAGGGCCAUCCACUCCUGGUGCUUGCUGGGAAGGAGUACGGCUCUGGCAGCUCCAGAGACUGGGCCGCCAAAGGGCCCUUCCUGCUGGGCAUAAAGGCGGUGUUGGCAGAGAGCUACGAGCGGAUUCACCGUAGCAACCUGGUGGGCAUGGGCAUCAUCCCUCUGGAGUAUCUCCCUGGCGACACGGCCGAGGGGCUGGAGCUCACGGGGAAAGAGCGCUACACUGUGGUCAUCCCGCCCCAGCUCACCCCACGCAUGCUGGUGGACAUCAAGUUGGACACAGGGAAGGUGUUCCAGGUGCUGAUGCGCUUCGACACGGACGUGGAGCUCACCUACUUCCACCACGGAGGCAUCCUCAACUACAUGAUCCGCAAGAUGGCCGACCAGUAGACCCCAGAGAUGGGACCUUAGAAAGGACCACAGAGAGAGGACCUGAGAGAAGACCUGUCCCGUCUCUCAGAGCGAGCCAUGCUAAGCGCACACAUUCUCCAGCCCGGAGAUCUAUCUGUUCUUCUGUUUUAUUCUCUUUUAUUUCUGUCUCUUUCUGUCCUUUUUUUAGGAGUUUUAAGAGUGGACUGUAAUAUCCUCUCACUUUGUAGGUUGUGUGUUCCAGUGUGUUUGUGUUGUUUGAUUUGUUUCUUGAUGUGUCUGUCUCGUCAAGGCAGCAUCGAUCCUGGUUCACUAGCGUAAGGAACUCUUUGAACGUGUUUUAAUGUCCAACUAAUUUAGUGUUGCCGCCGCUCUACUUAGUUGCUAAGACCUACUAUAUAGACCCAGCAGGUAGAGGCUGGAAUCUAAUCCUACCUCAGGCCUUGUUCCAAACACGUCUGAUGGGCGCUUGUGCAUUCAUAGCUCGUGUGCAUCCAUAGCUUGUGUGCUUAGCUUGCCAAACAUCAGGCCCUUUCCCUCCAUGAUCAGGUCUGAAACCUCUUCACUCUGCCAAACUCAUGUCUUGCUCCCGCACAAAUCAAAUCUGACUGUCUUUUAUUUAUGCAUUUACGGCUUGCUUAAAUAGGUUGCCUUGACAACGCUUUCGCACUCCAUGUCAUGUCGCUGUGGCUUUUAGCUGACCGCAGUCAGAUGGGAGCAGACCCGUCCCAGACCUGACCCUAACCAGACCCGUCCCUUACCCGUCCCAGUCCCUGACCCGUCCCAGACCUGUCCCUGACCCGUCCCAGUCCCAGUGCUGACCCUGGUCUGUCCCAGACCAGUCCGCUCCCAGCAGGGUUAAUGCAGACCAGUGUAGGGUGUCCAAUCAGCAUUCAGCCUGGUGAGAUUGAAGGGGUGUGUCGAGGCAGGAGUUGACCCUUGUGAGGUCUGGAGGUUGAGAAAUACUCUCUCAUUAGGUUACGAUUCCACAGGAGGCUGCAAAGGUGCUGUUCAAUGUAUAGCCUUCCCACACACACAUUUACACGUUUAGUCAUUUAGCAGACGCUUUUAUCCAAAGCGACGUACAAAGGAGAGAACAAUCAAGCUACAUGCCCACAUGCCUGCAUACACACACAUGCCCAUAUGUAAAACACACACACACACACACACGCACACUUAAAAAAGUAAUUAAUUACUUGUUCAUUUCUAAUAAUUACAUGUAAUGCUGAAAGAAUAGAAUUCUUUAUAAUGUGUUAUAUUCCAUAAUUCCAUACCUGUGUUGUCUGUUAUGUAUUGAGAAUGUGCUGAUGUCUUACGAAAGUCGAAAUAUUUCUACAAGUGCCUACUGGUUAGUCAUUAGACUCUGAGAGCAGUCAGAGAGGGUGCAUGACAUGUGUGUCUCCAUCCCUCUCACACACACACACACACACACACACACAUCAUAUCAAUGCAACCCAAGCAUCUGAACUGGUCAUCAUGUAGACUUGAUUGCAACCUUAACAGCUCCAAAGAAGAUAAUAAUAUAAGCUUCAUGCGCACAACCCCGAAUUAAAGGUAUUCAUGAGCACCACCCCAAAGUAAAGGUAUUGAGGAGCACCACCCCGACCUAAAGGUAUUGAGGAGCUGUCUGUGCCAAGCGUAUCUUCCAUGUAAGGUUGUUCUGCCAGUGUGGGAAUGCACAGUACCAGUGGGGUGCAAACACUGCCGGCUCACAUCUGUACUCAACUUUGCCAGCUGUUCCUGCUGUCUUCAGAAAAAGACUGUCAGGCCCCAAGUCAGCACAAAUAUACACACACACACACUCACGUUAAGUUUACAUUAAGCAAAUAAGCCUCCUUCUCUAUUAUGGCCAUCCACUAGCUGUUCUCAAUAUAAGCUUCCACACAGGAUGAAGUUGGAAUUGUGGAACUAAAUCAUGAAUCAUGUGUUUUAUACAUAUCCAAUCACUGCAGCCAGAAAAGGAUCCACCAGCCUCAGUCUGUUUGAUGCUGCCCAAGACUCACGAUUCCUUCAACCUUAACCUUGAAUAAAUGUCAUUGUCCCUGUUUAUUUGUUACUCUUUAUACAUUAUGUGCUUGAUUAUUGAUCUAAAAAACACUGUUGACUUUACUGACGUUUUAAUCAAAUAAAGAAAUGUAAUGAAUCCA